AGUAAGUCCUACAGCCUGUGUCAGAGCCCAGAGCUGCUCCUUGUCUUCCUGUGGUUGAGUUCUUUUGUGCCUUGACUGUGCCUCCACGACCCCAUGGAUGUGCAUGCAUCUCCCCUGCCCAGCUUGGCAUGAUCCAGGAGUUGGUGUCCAGAAAUCAUCAGACUGCUACCAUGAUCACGUCUUUUCGAACCUCUGUGGCAGUUUUUGCCCUAAUUAACCUGCAUGUCGGUGCUCUGGGUACUUUCAUAGCUGCAGUAUAUGAACAUGCUGUUAUUUUGCCAGAUGCAACAGGAAAACCCGUUUCUCAGGAAAAUGCCUUGCUCCUUAUGAACAAGAAUAUAGAUAUUUUGGAGAAAGCGAUUAAGCAGGCAGCUGCACAGGGUGCCCAAAUCAUUGUGACUCCAGAAGAUGCACUUUAUGGAUGGACGUUUACCAGGAAAACAAUUUUCCCUUACCUGGAGGAUAUCCCAGAUCCUCAGGUGAACUGGAUUCCAUGUCAACAACCCCGCAGAUUUGGUCACACACCAGUACAAACAAGACUCAGCUGCCUGGCCAAGAACAGCUCUAUCUAUGUUUUGGCAAAUAUUGGGGACAAAAAGCCGUGUAAUUCCUCUGACUCCAACUGUCCUCCUGAUGGCUAUUAUCAAUACAAUACUAAUGUGGUAUAUGAUAAAGAGGGGAAGCUGGUGGCACGAUACCAUAAGUACCACCUCUACUCAGAGCCUCAGUUUGAUGUCCCUAAAAAGCCAGAGUUGGUGACUUUCAACACCACAUUUGGAAGGUUUGGCAUUUUCACAUGCUUUGACAUACUCUUCCAUGAUCCUGCCAUUACCCUCAUAGAAGAUUUCCAGGUGGACACCAUCCUGUUCCCCACAGCUUGGAUGAAUGUUUUGCCCUUUUUGACAGCUAUUGAAUUCCACUCAGCUUGGGCUGUGGGAAUGAGAGUUAAUCUUCUUGCAGCCGAUACACAUAAUGUUGAGCUAAAAAUGACAGGCAGCGGUAUCUAUGCACCACAUUCUCCCAAAGAGUUCUACUAUAACAUGGCAUCCGGCACAGGAAGGCUCCUCCUCUCAGAACUGGACUCGCAUCCCCGAGCCUCUCCUGACUACCCACCGGCUGUGAACUGGAGCGUCUAUGCCAGGACUAUCAAGCCAUUCCCAGUACAGAAAAGCAUUUUUGGGGGAUUGGUUUCCCAGGAUAGGUUCAACUUCACAGAACUUUUUGAAAAUGAAGGAAACCUUACAGUCUGUCAAGAAGAUCUCUGCUGCCAUUUAAGCUACAGAAUGGCAGGAAAGGAAAAGAAUGAAGUGUAUGUUCUAGGCGCUUUUACAGGACUUCACGGCCGAAGGCAGCAAGAGUACUGGCAGGUAUGCACAAUGAUGAAAUGCCAAACUACUGAUAGGACAACUUGUGGAAAGCCAGUGGAAACUGCUUUGACAAGAUUUGACAUGUUCUCCCUCAGUGGCACAUUUGGAACAAAUUAUGUUUUUCCUGAAGUGCUACUUACUGACAUUCAUCUGUCACCUGGAAAAUUUGAGGUACUAAAAGAUGGGCGUUUGGUAAACAAGAAUGGAACAUCCCAGCCUAUCCUAACAGUGUCACUCUUUGGGAGAUGGUACAAGAAAGACAGGCUGUCCAUCUCAGGCAAAACCAACAAGUCAGCAACAACUUACCUGUCAAUAUCCACUUUAUUAAUGAUCUUAGCUUUACAGUAUAUUGUGACUAUCUAGAGCAUCUCUUUAUCACAUUCAUUGGUGCAUCACGUAUUUUGCUAAAUGUGUUUAUCAGGUUCCCAGGUUUACUAAGAAACUUUGAAAGGCUAUCUUAGCAGUGUAGACUAAUGAUUUCUAAAUUUGUUCUUUUCUCUUAAUACUUAAAAGGGUAACUUUUAAGUAUUAAGGAUAUUUGAGGCCUUUUUUGGGCUACUCUGAAAUGUUGCAGUGUAGUGUAGUAGAAAGAACACAGGUAUUUGGGUCAGAUAAAUGAGAAUCAAAUCCCAGCUCUAGCUUUAUUUGCUGUGUGACUUUGUCUACUUGUGCUCAGAGUAAGCAGAGUAAAGAGAUUUGAUGCUCCUGUAAACAUAGCUACAGCCUUUGAAAAGAGCAGUAGUGAUGGGAAUUGAGAGGUUGAUGACUGAAUUCUAUUUGACAUUUAAGAUAAUUAGAAGCCAUCUAGUUUCCUAUGCUAGUGAUUUGGAGGGAAAUCUGCUUUCCAAUCAGGUGGUAAGAGUGAGUUUUAUCUGCACACUGAAAGUUGUUUUCAGAUGCUCUAGAAGAAAUGGUGGGCAGUCCAGGUUUGUAUCAAAUGUUACCUGGCCCAGAGCAUUAAUAACCCUAAGCUCUACCACCUCAAGGUAAAUUUAACAGGCAAAAAUCCCAUAACACAAAGACCAUGACUGUUAAUAGUGACACUGUUUUCAACAUUGAGUAGUCUACUUUUUUCAAAAUACAUAGAUCUCAUGCUACCUGAAAUAGUGGUAUAUUUGUUACUGAUCACUUAAUGCAGAUAUUCUUAAAAUUAAAGAAAUGACUUUAAAUUUUCAGAUCUUUUUCAGACUUUGUACAUCCAAAUUAUUUUGUCUAAUGCUCUCACAUUAAAAAAUCAUAAUUAAAGCAUUUAUGUUUUCUUUUUUGUGUAUUGUAGUAUAUCUACUCUUAAUGGACUCAAUCUGAAUAUUCUAUUAACAUGCAGUAGGAAAUUAAAACUACUUUUAUAAUCAAGUGGUUACUGUUAAGAGAAGGGAUACGGAGGUUGUCACAUUUUGUGUUUAAUUUUAAUCUUUGAUAUUACAAAUGACAAAUAAAACAUUUUAAAUGAUUGCUAA